UGAACAACUACCUGUACUAUACAGUACACCUUAACAAACAUCACCCACGCCCGUGCAGGUGAACAUGUCCAAGCGUGCCGCCGAGGAUGAAGAGCCGCAGAGGCUGGUGGCGGGCGAACGGCCGGUAGCAGACACGCCACUGGCCGAUGGAGAGGAAUUCGAAGAUGAAUUCGAGGAUGAGUACGAGAGUGAAGACGAAGUGCUGGAAGCCGGCGUCGAUGGAAGACCCGACGACGAGCGAGAAGCGGACGAGAGAGCGGCGGGAGCCAUGGACGUCGACCAACAAACCUUCGUUCCGGGGAGACAUCAACUCGAAGCAGGACAGACUCUUGCGCCGGAUCUCUCAGUAUACGAAAUGCUGCACACUCUGGAACCGACGUGGCCGUGUCUCUCUUUCGACAUCCUCAAGGAUAAUCUGGGCGAUGACCGGAAAUCAUACCCCGCCACCGCAUAUGCCGUAGCAGGCACGCAAGCCGCCUCCGAUCGAGCCAAGGAAAAUCAAAUCAUGGUCAUGAAGUUGUCUGGACUCUCACGAAACGACAAGUUCCAAAACAUCGAUUCGGACGAUGAAGAUGAGGACGACGACGACACAUUCUCUGAUCCCGUAUUGGAGACCAAAUCCAUCCCUCUCACAACAACCACCAACCGUAUCCGAGCACAUCAAUCACCGCAAGCAAGUGCCUCACAACCGCCCACCACAAUCACAGCCUCCAUGCAGGAGUCGGGCGAAGUCCUCAUCCACGACAUCACCCCGCAUCUCCGCGCCUUUGACGAACCAGGCUACAUGCUCCCCACCAACGCCAACAAACCCCUGUCCACCAUCCGCGCCCACAAGCGCAAUGAAGGCUACGCUCUCGACUGGUCCCCUCUCAUCCCCGCCGGCAAACUCCUCACAGGAGACACGGCCGGCCACAUCUUCGCCACGACGCGCACCGAAGGCGGCGGCUUCGUGACCGACACAACCCCCUACACCGGCCAUUCCAGCUCCAUCGAAGAACUCCAAUGGUCCCCCACCGAACGCAACGUCUUCGCCUCCGCCUCCAGCGACGGCACGGUCAAAAUCUGGGACGCACGCUCCAAAAGCCGCAAACACGCCGUCUCGGUGCAAGUCAGCACGAGCGACGCCAACGUCCUCAGCUGGUCUCAUCAAACCCCUCAUCUCCUCGCCUCGGGCCACGACGACGGCACAUGGUCAGUAUGGGAUCUACGACAAUGGAAAUCCCCCGAUCACCAACAAAAAACGACCUCCAAACCCAUUGCGCACUUCGCUUUCCACUUGGGCCAAAUCACCAGCGUAGAAUGGCAUCCAACAGACGAUAGUGUCGUAGCCGUAUGUGGAGGAGAUGACAAUUUGACUCUGUGGGAUUUAGCCGUGGAAUUAGAUGAUGAAGAGAGUAGAUUUACGGCGGACGCCAAAGAUGUUCCGCCGCAGUUGUUGUUUAAUCAUUACUCCAAGGGUGUCAAGGAGGCUCAUUGGCAUCCGCAGAUGAAGGGUACGUUGAUGAGUACUGGGGAGAGUGGAUUUGGUGUGUUUAAGACGAUUAGUGUUUGAGCUGGUCUUUUUCUUUUUUUCUUUUUUUCUUUUUCUUCCGUGUCCUCGGAGGACCACGCAGCAGACAGAGACUAGGUAUCCACUAUCCUCUAUUGUCGAGAGAAAAGAAGAAAAGAAUCCCGCCUUCGAAACAGGAGGCCCGAUAUGAUUUGCGCAUGUGGACGAAUACGACGAAUAUGUUAGGUACUCUUACCCGAAUGGAAAG